UGAUUUUGGAAAACGAGAUCUCAAGUGCAUACGAACUUUGAGUGUGGAAGUUAAGCGUUAGCUUUAUUAGCGUGUUCUUAGAUCACUAUGAGCAGGAUAGUAGCUUUAAUACGGAGAAAAUUUGCAAUAGUAAAACAACACGUGGGUACGGACCAUUUUGGAAAUAAAUAUUAUUUCAUACCAGAGCAGAAAACAUGGACAGGGCAGACCAUUCGAGCAAAGAGAAUAGUGGAGGCAACAAAUCCAAAGGAAUAUGAAUAUCAAGAAGGAAGCAUUCCCUCUGAAUGGGAUGCCUGGAUUCGUGGAAGAAAGAAGGAGCCUCCCACCAUCGAGGAGCUACUGAAAAACGAACGCUACAGGGAUGACAUCAAAGCCCGUGCCAAAGAAGUGGCAGACAGGGAGAUGGCUCUUCGAGUCGAGGAGCAAGAGGAAGGGCUGGUGGCUCGGCCAGCACAGGUUCAGAUUAAAGGACACGCCUCAGCCCGGCGCUUUGAGCUGACUGGGCCCAGCGAAGACCCUACCAGUACAGCCAACACCUUUGAGCCUGGGUCCUGGAAGCCCUCUGGGGACAACACCAAGUCAUAAGUCGUGCCGUGGAAUGGCCAUAAUGACUGUGAAUGAAGAAAACGAAUCCUAAAAUGUAUUCAGCUCUUCUAAUCACCGCCACUAGGGUGAAAGGCUCUCAGAUUUCAGAAAAGUGCACUGCUCCAAAAAGUAAAAAAUGCAGUUAAAUAGACAUCAAAAACAUUGCAUGUUGUGUCACAUUGUCACUUUAUUACUGCAAAGUGAACUAACUUAAUAUUAGUUUGUUCACUUUACAUAGGGUAUAUUAAUGUUUAUUAAUAUUAUAAUGAGCAUAUUUCUUCGUCAUGUUACUCUUAUUAAAUAGCUUCUUCCUUCCGAAGGAUUUCUCAUGUUAAAUGUCUGUGGAAAUCUAUGAAACGUUUCGAUUUAAGGAGAUCAUUUUAAAAAUGAGUAAACUGACCUGUUGUCUUUGUGAUUCAGCCAGACCCUCUUGCUGUUUUAAUCUAAAAUUGUUCUAAAACCAUUGUUUUCAAAGUUCUUCAGGUUGUGGGGCCUCGAAAGUGAUGCACUGUUCCGCUCGAGAGACCGUGAAGAAAAGAAACUUGUUUUAAUUAUGAGAAAAUGUUUAAGUGGAUUUAGACUUUAUUUAAAUAAACCUAGGCUGUAUUUAAAUACGUUGGAGAUAACGGCAUAUACUCAGGUCAAUCUCUUGAUUUUCUGGGCUGUUAAGGAAAGUGGGCAUUUGCUAGAGCUGUCAGCAGUUCCUCACGUGCUGAAUCCCGCACUGCUGGUUCAAGAGGAACCACUCUUAUCAACAGCACCGCCUUCGCACAGGUGUACAGCAACACCCGCGUGCCCUCGGAAAUUCACACCAACCAGUGCCUCUGCUCGGCUCGAAAAUAAGGAAUGGCUUGUUCUUUGGAGACAACUUGUCUUUUAUUCUGAGCAACCCAGCAAUAGCUGUCUUGCAAUAAUGCGACAGUUGCUACAGGCACCUGUUUUAAAAAAAUACAGAUACAGAAAAAGAUAUGGGGCCAACAAGUGACACAGAUAAAAAAACAUGUUUCUAACAUGAAGCUGAAAAAUAUCAUUAACCUAGGAAAUUGAUUUAUUAUGAUUCUUUAGGCAUAUUCAGAACAAAAACAUGACAUCCGAAGUAAAUCUUAAUACUGAAAUGUACACGUAGGUGGUGACGGUUUUCAAUUAUGUACUCUGGAUAUUAUAAGAAUUCUGGUGCUGAUUAAAUUCAUAUCACUG